AUGGACCGAACGAGCUACGACUACAUCGUCAUCGGCAGCGGGAUCGCCGGGCUGAACACCGCGCUGCUGGCGGCCGAGCACGGCAGCGUGCUGGUGGUGACCAAGGGCCGGAUUGACGACUGCAACAGCCGGUACGCCCAGGGCGGCAUCGCGGCGGCUAUCGGCCCCGGGGAUUCGGCAACGCUGCACGAGCGGGACACCCUGGAAGCCGGCGCCGGCCUGUGCAGUCCUGAGGCGGUGGGCGUUCUCACCGGGCAGGGGCCGGACAGCAUCGCCGGCCUGAUCCGGUGGGGCGUCCCCUUCGACACCAUCCACGGGCAGAUCGCCCUGGGGCGCGAGGGCGCGCACAGCAUGCCGCGGAUCCUGCACGCCGGGGGCGAUGCCACCGGCCAGCACAUCGAGGACACCCUGGCCCACCGGGUGCGAAUAUCAGAGCGCAUCACGGUCCUGGAGUACACCCACGCCAUCCGCGUCUGCGUCGCCGACGGCGCGGCAGCCGGCGUCGAGGUGAUGGGAACCAACGGCGACACCGGCCGGCAGGUGUUCCAGAGCGACGUUGUGGUCGUGAGCACCGGCGGGGCCGGCCGGCUGUAUCGCUACACCACCAACCCGGAGGUGGCGACCGGCGACGGCGUGGCGUUGGCAUACCUGGCCGGCGCGGAGGUGAUGGACAUGGAGUUCUACCAGUUUCAUCCCACCGCGCUAUGGCUGGAGGGCGCGCCCACCUUCCUGCUGUCGGAGGCGAUGCGCGGCGAGGGGGCGAUACUGCGCAACGCGCACGGAGACCCUUUCAUGGCGUCCCAUCACGCCAUGGGAGACCUGGCGCCCCGGGACGUGGUGUCGCGGGCCAUCGCGUCGGAGAUGGAGCGGGCCGACGGCCGGCCGGCGAUGCUGGACAUAUCGCACCUGCCCGCCGCCACGGUGGCCAGCCGCUUCCCAACGAUCUACGCCGAGUGCCGGCGGUACGGGCUGGACAUCACCCGGGAGCCCAUACCUGUGGCGCCGGCGGCGCAUUACAUGAUGGGCGGCAUCCGAAUCGACACGUGGGGACGGACCAACGUCGACGGCCUGUACGCCUGCGGCGAGGCGGCCUGCGCGGCGGUCCACGGCGCCAACCGGCUGGCGAGCAACUCGCUGCUGGACACGCUGGUGUUCUCCCGUAGGCUGGUGGAGGCGACGCUGGGCAACGCGCCGGAGUAUGAGGCGUCGGACGAGAGCGACGGCAACACGCGCGCCGGGCUGGCGAACCGGGCCAUGGUGUGCACCACCGUGCCGGAGCGGGGGAAGGAGAACCUGCGGGACCUGAUGUGGCGCAACGUGGGCAUCGCGCGCAACGGCACGCGGCUGCUGCUGACCGCGCGGAUCCUGAACCUCUGGCAGCGCCAAUAUUAUGGGACAUCCGGGCCCGCACCGCAGGCUGCGGAGGACUUUGAGCUGCGGAACAUGCUGGUGGUGGCGCGGCUAAUCGUCGAGGCGGCGCUGCAACGGCGGGAGAGUCGCGGCGCGCACUACCGCGAGGAUUUUCCCGAGCCGUCGGAGGAAUGGCGGCGGCACAUCGUGCUGAGGGAUUAG